CUAGUGAUGUAAAUGAUGUCCGAGGCUCCUCGUGAACUCCUCACAGUCACCUCGAGAGUUCAUCCCCGUUACUCACCGAGCCUCACCCGUUACAGUGAACGCACACACACACAUGUGGAGUUUCUAAUGGCUCUCGUGCGCAGUGUUGGGCUUCUGGCUCUGCUGGUGUCGGUCCGGUGUCUGAGCCGGGAGCAGCUCUUCGAUUACGGGAUCAGGUUCGGCGAUAAGACUCUGGAUUCUGCAUCCGAUUCGGUUCGAGAGCUCGAGCUGGAGCAAACGCUCUUCUUCUUCAAAGGAAAGUUCGAUAAAGUUUACGUCAACACCAAUGGCUUCAUCUCGCUGAGUAACCCGACAGAUGAGUCUGAGUACCUGGGGAAGAUGCCGGCCAGUUUUGGUAUGAUUGCAGCCUUCCUGGGAGAUCUGGACACCACCGAUGGGGCCGGUUACGUCUAUUUCCGCCAGGAUAAAAGCCCUGAUGUGCUCCAGAGAGCUGCGGAGCACAUCAGGCAAGCGUUUCCUUCUGACGAAGAGAUCGAUCCCACUCACGCCAUCAUCGUCACCUGGGAGAACGUGGCACCUCAAGGUGAACGAGGACCAGGAGGUGAAUAUAUGAGAAAUACUUUCCAGCUAGUUGUAGCAAACAUGGAGUCUGCGUCGUAUGCCAUCCUGCUGUUUCCAGAGGAGAGCAUGCAGUUUAGCUCCACUCUCAUUGAUGAUGAAGAUCAGCUGGUUGAGGUGGGAUUCAAUGAAGGGAAGGUCCAGGGAUGGUUCGGGUGGGGGUCCACUCAAGGAGCUUACUAUCGCAUCACCGGACACAGCGAGGACUCGAUAAGCGCUCUCGCACAGGAGACAAACUCGGGCCGGCCUGGCGUUUGGGUCUACGAGAUCGGCACAUCUCCGUUAUUCACCUCCAUCACGCCCGGAGUGGUCACGGAGGUCACAGAGGUCACAGGGGUCACGGAGGUCACAGGGGUCACGGAGGUCACAGAGGUCACGUCUGAGGAGACUGUGGUGCACUCUCUGGUCCCGGAGCCGUCAGUCCCGUGGAUUCGACACCAUGAGGAUCUUCUGACCUCUGAAGCGCCGUAUGAACCUCUCUCCACCAGUCCAGAGCCGUUCGGAGAGUCGUCCACCCCUGACGAGCCUCAGCAUCGUUAUCGUUACAUUCAGCCUCAGCAGCCACAGAACCCACAGGUGCUGAUCAUCGAUGAAGACGAGCUGAACGUCGACGUGUUUUCUUAUAAUUACGAGACGUGCUCCAGCAACAAGCACAAGUGCUCUGUGUUUGCCGACUGCAGAGAUUACGCUGAUGGAUACUGCUGUCACUGCAAACCUGGUUAUUACGGCAACGGCAAGGAUUGCAUCGCCGAGGGCAAGCCUCAGAGGAUGAACGGGAAGGUCAGUGGCAGGAUCUACGUGGGUGAUUCUCCAUCUCCUGUGGAGUUUUCUAACAACGACCUGCACUCGUAUGUGGUGACUAACGACGGUCGAGCGUAUAUCGCCAUCAGCAGCAUCCCGUCCAGCAUCGGUCCAUCUCUGCAGCCGCUGCCAGCUCUGGGUGAAGCCAUCGGAUGGGCCUUCGCUCUGCAGCAGCCCGACUACCACAACGGCUUCAGCAUCAUCGGAGGGGUUUUCACACGGCAGGCCGAGGUGGUCUUCCAGCCCGGGAACGAGCGGCUGACCAUCAGACAGGAGUUCAGUGGCAUCGAUGAACACGAUCACCUGAUGAUCAGCACUGAACUGGACGGCAGGAUCCCAGAGGUUCCUCGAGGAGCCACGGUCCAGAUCCAGCCCUACAGAGAGAUCUACCAGUACUCCAGCAACCUGAUCACGUCCUCGUCGCGGCGGGAGUUUACCGUUAGCAUGCCCGACGGUAGCGUUCACACACACAGCUACUUGUGGACGCAGAACAUCAAGUUCCAGAGCUGUCCGCACGAGGAGGUCGUGAGCGCCGUGCCGGCGAGCCAACAGCUCAGCGUCGACCAGAUCUUCGUCAUGUACGACUCCGGCAACCAGCUGAUCCGCUUCGCCAUGAGCAACAAGAUCGGCUCCAUCCACAGUGGGAUCCCGGAGCAGAAUCCCUGUUUCACCGGGAGACACGGCUGUGACACUAACGCCGUCUGUCGUCCCGCUCCAGGAAAAGACUUCAGCUGUGAAUGUGCGGCUGGAUUCACCGGAGACGGACGGGUUUGUUACGAUGUGGAUGAGUGCUCAGAAAGCCCUCAGAUCUGCGGUGCGUUCAGCGUCUGCAGUAAUCAGCCCGGAUCUUUCCGCUGUGAGUGUGUGGAGGGCUUCAGGUUCUCCAGCGAUGGACGCACCUGCGUCGAGACGGAGCGUCCCGUGAAUCACUGUCAGAGAGGAACACACACCUGCGACGCUCCUGAACGCUCCCGAUGCAUCUACACCGGAGACUCGUCUUACAUCUGCUCGUGUGUGCCGGGCUUCUCCGGAGACGGACGCGUGUGUCAGGAUAUCGAUGAGUGCCAGCCGGGCCGUUGCCAUAGCGAUGCCAUCUGCCACAACACCCCGGGAUCCUUCACCUGUCUGUGCCGGCCUGGUUUCCACGGCGACGGCCUCAGCUGCACACCUGUGUCCGAAGGUGAUAAGACGGCGUGUGAGCGUCACAGAGAAGCAGCGCAGGCCUCGAGGGGAGACUUGUUUCGUCCGCGUCCAGCUGUGGGUCAGUUUGUGCCCAGCUGUGAUGCUCACGGUGCUUACGACCCCCUGCAGUGUCACUCCAGCAGCGGUCAGUGUUGGUGUGUGGACUCGUCCGGACGAGAGAUCCCAGGAUCCAGAGCUCAGUCCGGCAGCAGACCCAUGUGUAUUGAUCACAGUGUGGCUCCGCCCCUCAUUGGCCCCACCCCCAGAACUGACAUCAGUCCUCUGACUCCUGGAGCGAACCUCUUAUUCAGCCAAAGCGGUAAGAUCGAUCACAUCCCGCUGGACGCCAGCCGGAUGAUGAAAGACGAGGCUAAGACUGUUCUGCACGUACCUGGUAAAGUUGUGAUCGCAGUGGCGUUCGACUGUGUGGAGCAGAUGAUCUACUGGACUGACAUCACACAACCCUCCAUCAGCAGAGCCACACUACAGGGAGGAGAGACCUCCGUCCUCAUCAGCAGAGAUCUGGGCAGUCCUGAGGGAAUCGCCAUCGAUCACAUGUCCAGAAACAUGUACUGGACCGACUCCAUACUGGACCGCCUCGAGGUGUCCCGACUGGACGGGAGUCAGAGGCGUGUCCUCUUCGACGAUGACCUCAUCAACCCGCGCCCGAUCGUCGCUGACCCCGCCCACGGAUACCUGUACUGGGCCGACUGGAACCGCGACGGGCCCAAGAUCGAGCGCUCCGGUUUGGACGGGAGCGACAGGACGGUGCUGGUGCAGGAUGGGCUGGGGCUGCCCAACGCUCUGACCUUUGACCCCCAGAGCAGGCGGCUCUGCUGGGCGGACGCAGGAACUCGUAAGGUGGAGUGUAUCGAUCCGUUCUCUCGUCUCAGGACGAAACUGACCGAAGGGAUUCAGUAUCCGUUCGCCAUCGUCUCUUACGGCAGAAACCUCUACUACACCGACUGGAGGAGGGAAGCAGUGGUUGCUAUGGACCGUCAUAAUGGGAUGGAGGUGGAGGAGUUUCUUCCUCAGAGACGUUCACGUAUAUACGGCAUCGCUAUCACUUACCCACAAUGCCCUGCAGGUGUGAACUAUUGCUCUCGAGAGAACGGAGGCUGCUCUCAUCUCUGUCUGCCGCGGCCGGCUGGAUUCACCUGCCGCUGUCCUGACGCCGGAGACGGCUCGUGUGUCGAGCACCACCAGAAUUUCUGAGGUUACGAGAGACUCAGAGACACUCAGAACCGAGGAGGGAAUGAUUUGUGUUCCUUAGGGCUCGGGUCGAGACAAUCAAUACAGUAGGGAUGCACUCGAUAUAUUCAUAUCGCAUCUAUCAGUGUUCUUCGUCAUUGUUUUAGUCCCAUGAGGCUGAUAAUAGACACAGACAAAAUCAGGGAUUCACUUUUCUCAAAGUCUUUUACGAAAGUACUGCACAGUUCCAUAUGGAGGCUUGUUUUCGUCACAGAUUAGAAAACUAGGACGGUAAAGUUUACAAUACAGACUUUUUUUAAAUCAGAAUUCAGAGUUUACUUUUCACAGGUUUUUUAUUUGCAAUUCUGACUUUUUUAUCGCAAUUCUGAGUAAGAUUUUCGGAGUUCUGACUUUUUAUCAGAAUUCUUAGUCUACUUUUACAAUUAUGACUUUUUUAUUGCAAUUCUGAGUUUACUUUCCGCAAUUAUUUCGAUUACAAUUCUGAGUGUAAUUUUGACAAUUCUGGCUUUUUUAUAUCAUAAUUCGGAGUUAACUUUUUGCAAUUCUGACUUUUUUUCACAAUUCUUAGUCUACUUUUCCAAUUCUGACUUUUAUCGCAAUUCGGAGUUUAUUUUUCACAAUCCUGACCUUUUUAUUGGAAUUCUUAGUUUAAUUUUCACAAUUAU